CUUAACCCACCCGGUCCAACGUAAGCAGACUGCGUCUUUCCCAGGAUAUUCCCAGGGUUGUCUCGGGCCGGGCUGUGCAUCAUUCAUUCCGGAGCGUGGACCGCAGCCUCCAUCGGGGACCCGGGGCCCUCGGCAUGGCCCGCGCCAUGCGCUCCGCCUGGCCGCCGCUGGCCUUGCUGACCAUGCUGUCGCUAGCCUGGAUAACCCAGGAAGUCGAGAUUGUGAAUGUGCAAACACCCGUCCAGGUGAUUGGGCUCUUGAACAAGUCUGUCAUGUUGCCAUGUAGCUUGCCCCCUGAGGGGUCUGUGAAGGUGACCCAAGUAACAUGGCUUCGAGGGGGAGACACCGUGGCUGUCUUCCACCCCGAGAAGGGCGCAAAAGCCUCAGAGAGGCUGCGGUUCGUGGCUGGUGAGGCGGAGGAGGAUAUGCGGAAUGCAUCCGUGGUCUUGAGCAACUUGAAGAUUCAAGAUGAGGCCAACUACACCUGCCAGUUUGCCUUAUACCCGGUGGGCAGCUGGACUACUCACAUCUGGCUGCGAGUGAUGGCUCCAGGGCAGAACACAGCUGAGGCCCUGAAGGAUGACCAUCUUGCUUUAGGCCUUGUGCCAGUAGCUACUUGCAUCUCGGCCGGGUGUUACCCUCCCUCCCAGAUCACCUGGUCUUCAGACCUGGGUGGAACCUUCCAACUAGAACAGAAGCCGGGGCCUGAGCCAGGCACGUUUACUAUGACCAGCUUGUACUUCCUGAAGCCCUCGAGCAAGGUAGACGGCAAGAACAUCACCUGCAAAGUGGAGCAUGAGAGCUUGGAGGAGCCGCUCUUUCUGCUGGUGACCCUCUCUGUGCAUUAUCUCCCCGAGGUCUCCAUCUCCGGCUAUGAUGGCAACUGGUACCAUGGUCGCAGUGGGGUCAACCUCACCUGUGAUGCGCGCAGCAACCCAAAGCCCAAGGGCUACAGCUGGAGCACGACUGCAGGGCCCCUGCCGCCCUCUGCAAAGGCCCAGGGCAAAGUGCUCCUGAUCCACACUGUGGACAAGUCUGUCAACACCACCUUCGUUUGCCGAGUCACCAACGACCUAGGGACCAGUCAGAAUAAAGUGUACACCCCAGUAGCAGAGGCCCCUAAGAGGGAUCGGUCAGGCCUGAGCGAGAACGCCAAGAUCGGCAUCACCGUCAGCAUCGUCAUCGUGCUUGUCAUCCUGGCGGCCGUCCUCUGUGUGGCCUGGAGUCACUUACAGACCAAACACCCUGGUCAGAGCUGGUCCGGCUCCUCUGUGGAGAGCAGGGCUGUUCAGUAUUCGGUUGUGAGCAACGGCGUCAACCUUCCCAGACAUGGCAGCGAUUAACAUGACCUGAAGGCACUUGGAUCCGGUGGGCAGAGGGAAGGAAUUGGUGACAUCAGAUCCUCAGUGCUUGGCCCCUCCCACCAAGAUGGAUGAAGACAGUCAGGCUGCCCAGUGAGCCUCGAAAGUUCAGGAGACUCCCAGAACCCCUGUAACUGCCCCCUAUGGAGAGACGGACUCAGAGAGCCAGGCAGGGUGUCUCCUGUUCGUCAUCUCACUACUCGGGAGGCUGAAGCAGAGGUUUGCUGCAAGUUUGAGGCCAGCCUGUCUAGUCUACACAGGGUAACCCUGUCUCAUCUCCCCUCAACAAAACACAAAGGAAAAGGAAGGAAGGAAGGAAGGAAGGA